AUGCAAUAUCUCCUUCAGAAUCUAGAAUGGCUACAAGAACGUAUGGAGCUGCAGGGAGAAGGAGAAAUGCAAGAUUAUUGGAUUGUCGACUGUCCUGGUCAAAUCGAACUGUACAGCCAUGUGCCGAUUAUGCGUACCAUUCUUGACCGGAUGCAACAUCAAUGGGGAUUCACUCCGGGGUGUAUGGUAUCUGUGUGUUGUAUUGAUUCUACAUUUUGUUGUGAUGCCCAGAAAAUGAUAUCCGGGCAAUUGUUGGCAUUGUCGACUAUGAUUGCACUCGAGUUGCCACACAUCAAUGUCCUCACCAAAGGGGAUUUGUUGCCGGAGAGAGAUAUCGAUGCCAUGCUCAAUCUACAAUCUGCCUCACAAUUGUGGGAAUUGGAGCAAGAUCGAACUAGUCUAUUUGCCAUGCCACGAGAAAUGGCAUCCAUCGUGACGGAGCUGGAAGAUUACGACAGCAACAAUCAGGUCUUCAACACCAGCCAUCCACAACAAAAGGCAGACAAAACUCAAGAACAACUGAAGAAACAGCAAAAACUAGAACAGAGACGAAGACAACGGCAUCGAUUGACAGACAACAUUUGCGGUCUGCUCGAUGAUUACACCAUGGUCAGCUUUGUACCGCUGAAUGUCAAUGAUGAAGAAUCCAUUGAUCACGUCUUGAUUACGGUAGAUCAUGCCGUUCAGUACGGAGAAGAUAAUGAAGUAAGAGGCGCCGAAGCCGACGAUGACAUGCUCGGGGUCAAUCCCAAUGAUGACGACUUUGAUGGUGGUGGCGAUGAUGAAUAA